GAAAAAUUAUUAUAGGUGUAGCAAUGAAUCCAAUGAUCCCAAAAAUUAUGGCUUAAAAUACGACGAGACGCGGAAAAGCAAAUUAGUUUCAAAAAUUGAAGAUUAAAAUAGAUUGAAGUGAUUAAACCAAAACAUUCCGAGUUGGAAGAGAGGUAAAACAAGUAACGAACAGAAUCUGUGAAUGAUUCCGUGGCUCGCCCUCUUCCAACCCUACCAAAGCCUCUGAAAACUGCUUAUCAAAGCUGUUCGUGCUCCAAACAGGUGCCUGAUUCUUGAGUAUUUGUGUUGGUAAUGUAAUGUAAUGUAAUGUUCAGCCAUCUACUCUUCUUUUCAUCUGCAUUGAAUUGAUUGCUCGCUCCUUUUCAUUUCUAAAUCCCCAAGGGUUUCUGGCGAUUUUUUCGGUGUUUUCAAAUUCUUGAAUCUUUGGGGACUUCUCGAGGAAGUGAAGGCAUUGGAGCAGGGUGUACUCAUAAGAGGCUUCCGAUUUUGAGUGAUUUUUGGUUAUGCAUGAAUUGGGUUGUGGGAAAGAUUUUAUCUUUGAUGUGAGUUUUAUCAAAAUUUUGUAUUUCUUUGAGAUUGAAGACGACUAGUGUUAUUAUUUUGUUGGCUUGAACGACAAUUUUGUUCUGUUUCUAGUUGCCCCUUAUACUAUUGUUCUAGAGGUGGCAUUGUUUCAUUGUUUACAUCUGAAUUCACAUUGUACAAUUGCUGUGGGUCUAUUAAAAUUUGAGGUCUUUGAUUGGUGCUCCUUUGGUAAGACUACAAUUUUCUUGAAUGAAAUUUUGAGAGAGAGAGCUAGAAUUAACUUUUUGGUUAGAUUCUAUUGUGAAUAUGUCGGGUGGAUCACCAACUGUUGGAGGUGGGUACAUGAGGCAGAGGUACAGUCAAGGGUAUUUUUCAAGUGGUGAUGACCUUGAGGAUGAUGCCUGUUCUAGAAUAUUUAUGGAAUCACCUUCAUUCCCAACUACACGAACAUGGGUUGAGAUUGUAGAAAAUUUUCUUUGGAUUAGUUCAGCACUUUUUAUCAUCUACUAUGGCGAUCGGCACUACAAUUUCAUUUACAUACUUUGGCAUGAUAAUCGCAUAAGGAGAAUACCAUUGUAUGUGGGAAUGUUUGCUGUCGGCUUGAAUAGUCUCUUUUUCUUGUAUACUGGUACAUUAGCCUGGGGAAUCAGAAAAUCCAGUGAGAACUGGGAAAUUUCAAGUGCAGCUGCUUUGCCAUUUGUAACUGUUAAUGGACUCGUAUCAUUCUGCUUGUUCGUGUACGCAUUGUGGCCUAUUUGGAGUUUCUUGACUCUCCCUCUCGUGUUCACUCUGUUUAUGGCUUGCAUGGUUAUAUUUCCAUAUUUGGUCCUUGGGACAUUUAAGCCUCAAGCAGACAUGCUUCGUACAGAUUAGACGUUAUUGGACUCGUUAGGACAGUAUAUCCCCAAGCUGACUUAGUUGGAUGGUGUGUGCAAUUAUAUGGACGGUUAUCUCCAGUUCUUGUGAGGUUGAAGCCUUCUUUUGAGAUUGUUGCCGAAAAGGAGACUCGUUCCAGCACAGAUGCAAUGUAUCAUAGGAGUUUGCUCCAUUUACCUAAUUUAUUAAUUCUUCCUUCUUCACCUCCCCUCCCCAAAAGAGUAAGUAAAUAAGUUGUAUUUAAGGCUUUUAGAUUUGGCAGUUCUGCUGGAACCUUGUAGUCGACAGAAGAACCUAUAUGAAAUCAAAACACUCGGAAAUUUGUCAAUGUUUUCACUGGCAGAAAAGAAAAGUAGAAAUGGGUAGAAAGAAGGACAGAAGGAAGCAGGUAGCGGGAUAAAAACCAUGCUUCACAUCGUCUUUAAUUAUUGUAAUACUAUCAAUAUGAAAAGUUUCAUUAUACUUGUUUCUGUCCAA